UUAUAUUUCUAUGCAUUGCAAAAAACAAACAACAAACAUUUUUUAACUUUUGAUCCGAAUUCCGAAAAUCACAAUUUAAAUAAUAAAGAUGGAUGAUUUACCAUUGAAUGAGUCUGAUUUAUUGAGUGGUAAAAUAGAUAGGAAUGAGUUAUUUCCUUCCAAUAAUCUAUACAUAGAUUCUACAGAAACCAGGCGUAGAAGCUCUAAUAGGUCUAUUAAAAGAAAAAAGUUCGAUGAUGAAUUGGUGGAAUAUAGUUUGGGUAUACCUGGUGUUUCCAACCUCAAAAACAAUCGUUCACGUACUCAAUCCAUACAUUCGGAAUACUCAGUUGUGUCUCCACUAACACCUCCAGCUUCCUCUUCAAAUGCCGUUAGUCAUCCGUCAGAAUUCAAGAGGAAAACAUUCACUAAGUCAGUACCAUCAAGUUCUAGAAAACAUAAAAAAGGAAGGCAACCAAAUCAUUUUGCCACUAAAGACUUAGGCCGGUGGAAACCAACUGAUGAUUUAGCAUUGAUAAUAGGGGUUCAGCAAACAAAUGAUCUAAAAACAGUUCACUUAGGAACAAAAUUCUCCUGCAAAUUCACUGUUCAGGAAUUACAACAGCGGUGGUAUGCAUUAUUAUAUGACCAAGCAGUGUCUAGAGUAGCUGUGGCUGCAAUGCGAAACUUACAUCCUGAUAUGAUUGCUGCUGUACAAGACAAGGCUUUAUGGAGUACACAAGAAGAAGAGUUACUCAGUACUAUAAAAUCGAGUGUAGUUCCUACGAUUGAAAUGUUUGCUGAUUUACUGUCUCAGAAUCCAGAUGUCUUCUAUUCUGGAAGAACUGCAGCAGCCCUCUUCAGGCAUUGGCAAACUCUUAAAAUGUAUCACUUACUUCCAGACCAAGUUUUAGGACCUCUCAGUACUUCUGGUAGACCUAUUAUGACAUUCAAUGAUGCCGAGGAUAUUAUUCAAGAUUCUGAACUGAGUGAACCUCCAGAUGAAGUUCUGGAUAGAGAAUUGAAGUUGCAGCAGAGAAGAAAUGUGAAAGAAAUACGUCACUUAGAGAAUGAAGUUGGUAGAUGGAAUGUCCUAGUAGAUUCAGUUACUGGCGUUUGCCCAGGAGAACUAGACAGUCAAACUUUGGCAGUAUUGAGGGGAAGAAUGGUCAGGUAUUUGAUGCGCAGCAGGGAAAUUACUAUAGGACGAUCAGGCAAGGGUCAUAUGGUAGACAUUGAUCUAUCAUUAGAAGGCCCGGCUCAUAAAAUAUCCAGGAGGCAAGCAACCUUGAGAUUGAGGAAUACUGGUGAAUUUUAUCUCUCGUCUGAAGGUAAGAGACCAAUAUUUGUUGAUGGUAGACCUAUUCAUGCUGGAAACAAAAUCAGAUUGUAUGACAACGCUGUUGUGGAAAUUGCCAAUUUACGUUUCAUUUUUUCAAUAAACCAUGAUCUAAUUCGAGCAAUCCAUAAUGAAUCCAUCCGUUACAGUGCACCAUCACAUUAAAGUAGAAUAAGUGUUUAUUUUUUAUGGAUAAUUAACUCAAAGUUGUGAUCAUAUGUUUUGAAUGUUUUAUAAAUGUAUACUUUGUAAUGAUUGUAAAUUAAUAAAUUAAUGAUACCUUCA